CGGUUUGGUUUUCUUGGAGGGCGGCGUCGCCGCGCCAGCAGUUCGCGCGCAGACGAUGCAAGGAAGGCUUGGGACAAGUCCGCUCCGGUGAGAGCGAGCGUCGGAGCGAUGGAGUCCUCCCUGGAGCUGUCCAACUCUUUGGGCAGCGUCUCGUCGCUGUUGAGCGGCUGGCGGACCUUCAAAGUGCUGCUGAUUGGGGACUCGGCGGUGGGGAAGACGUGCCUUGCGCACCGACUCUCCGCCGCUCAUUUCCCCAGCUGCGUUGAGGCCACCAUCGGAGUGGACUUCCGAGAGAGACUCCUUGAAGUCGACGGCGAGAUGAUCAAGCUCCAACUUUGGGACACAGCGGGACAAGAGCGCUUCCGCAAGUCGAUGGUGCCACAUUUCUAUCGUAACGUGCACGCAGUUCUCUUCGUGUAUGACGUCACCUGCCGGGCCAGCUUCAACGGCCUGACAACCUGGGUAGAAGAGUGCAGACGCAAUUCUCUUGGCCAGGAAGUCCCCAGGUUCCUGGUUGGGAACAAGACAGACCUCCGAGAUGUUCUAAGGGCCGACGGCCUGGUGAGCCGGGAACAGGCAAAGAACUUUGCCAAGACUCACAACAUGAUGUUUUUUGAGACUUCUGCAAAAUGCGCAAGCCGCCCGCGCGGUGUCAGGGAGGUGCCCUGUCAGGGGAAUAAAGUGGAGGACAUUGUUCAUGCCCUCGGCGCCACACUCAAGAGACAGAAGAAUCCCAGCGCGGCAUACAAUCCGGCGUGCAGCGGCUCUUUUCAAGUUCUCAACAAAAAAAAGGAGAAGGAAAUGUGGAGCUGCUGCUGAAAGGGGGGGGGGGUUGGCUAGGAGACACAGAGGCUUCAAUAUGUAUCCUUUUUUUAAAAUAUUGUAAACAUGUUCCACAAACAUUGUCUAUUUGUAGUGUUGUAUAUUAUUUGCCAAAUAAAAUGCCGUAACGUGAAA